AUGCAUAUUUCUCUCUUAAUUUACCCUAUACUAUUCUUCUGUAUUUUACAAAAAAUUAUCUCCGUACAGAUAUUUAGUUAUCAGGAAAAAAAAGAUAGUUAUAUUAAAUGGAUAGCAAAGCCCUGCAUCUGAAACUUCAAGCGAUGAGACAAUCUUUCUUUGACGAGGGAUACCUGAAUUGUCAGUAUACUCAGAUAGAGGCCCUGGAGAAAGACAAAAACCCUCAUUUUAUCGUAGAAGUAAUAACUCUGUAUUUCAGAGAUUCCCCUAAUGUUAUUGCUGCUUUGGAACAUGAAUUGGAGCGGGAGCCAAAAGAGGUACCCAAGAUUACCAAAUGCAUUCUUCGGUUAAUAAGCAGCACGGCAUGCAUUGGCGCCAUCAAAAUUAGUAGUGAACUUACGAAGGCAAACACAUUUCUCCAAGCUGGCAACAUAGAAGGAAUAAAAGCAGCACUGCGUGAUAUCAAGAAGGAGCACAGUGAACUCCGCGCAAAGUUUGAGACAUAUUUCCAGUUGAUGAGACAAGCUGGUCCCGUAGAACAAGCUGUGAACUCAAGCUGAAGAUAU